AUGGACAACGCACUCUACCACACGGUGCAAAUAAAGAAAGCACCGUCAAUACAUGCUAGGAAGGCAGAAAUGAUCGCUUGGCUAGAAGAACAUAAUAUUCGCUAUUCGGAAGCUAUGAGAAGAUAUGAGCUACAAAAGAUUAUAAAAGCAAAUAAAAGUAUGGAGAAAGUGUACAAGGUCGACACAAUAAUGAAGUCAGAAGAAAAUAUAGUUCUGCGAUUGCCUGCAUAUAUGUGCGAGCUAAAUCCAAUUCAGUUGGCAUGGGCUCAAAUGAAGAGGAAAGUACGAGAACAAAACACUGGAACGUUAACGUUUACAGAAUUAUUAAGAUUGACGAAGGAAGCUAUAAAUGGAGCGACGGAAAAUGAUUGGAGUAAAUUUUGCGACCACACCGAAAAAUUGGAAAGGCGGUACUACAAACAGGACUUUUUAUUGGAAACUGCAACGGACAACUUGAACAUCAACAUUCAAGAUACGGCCUCUGAAGAUAACGAAGCAGGAAGUGAAGAUUCAGUAUAA